CAUGCGUUUCCCGUCAUGCCCCGCGACUGGGACCUAUUUCCCUCGCGGGGCGUGCCGGGAGUUGUAGUACGUCCUCUUCCCUCCUUCGCCUCAUCUCUCGCCCUUGGCUUCGCCAUGCUGCCUCUUAGUCGCUUCCUCGCCCGCGCCUCGGCCCUCGGCUCCCGAGGACAGGUCCGGCACUACGCUGAGGCGGCCGUCGCGGGGCAGGCCCAGAUGGCCUUCACCUUCGCUUCCCCCACCCAGGUUUUCUACAACGCGGCUAAUGUGAAGCAAGUGGAUGUCCCCACCCUGAGCGGGUCCUUUGGCAUCUUGGCCGCCCAUGUCCCCACCUUGCAGGUCCUGAAGCCUGGAAUCGUGACAGUCUUCGCCGAGGACGGCUCCUCUACGAAAUACUUUGUUAGUAGUGGUUCCAUCACCGUGCACGCCGACUCCUCUGUCCAGCUGCUGGCUGAAGAAGUGGCACUGUUGGAUCAGCUCGACGUUGCGACGGCCAAGUCCAACUUGGAGAAGGCCUUGUCGGCUCUGGCCUCGGCCUCCGACGAAGCGGCAAAGGCCGAAGCACAGAUCAGCGUGGAAGCCAACGAGGCGAUUGUGAAAGCUUUGGAGUGAGGAAGGAAAAUCCCACCGCUGCUGUCUGGAAACGACUCUAACUCUGGACCUUCCCCUUCUCCGGUCUGCACAGAUGGUUUGGGUAAAGCCUGACAACUUAACCGCUGACCAAUUAAAGCAAAAAAAAAAAAAGUCUGGAGAAAGGC